GCAGCCAGAGGAAGAGGCCACCCUUGUCCUGGGGACCAGAGCAGAAGGGCACGCAGAAGCGAGCACCCCAUCAGAGAUGGCUCCUGCUGGCCUGAGCCUGGGCACCACCGUCCUAUGCCUGUUGGCCUGGGCCGGCCUGGCCGCUGGUGACCGGGUGUACAUACACCCCUUCCAUCUGCUCGUCUACAGCAAGAGCAGCUGCGACCAGCUGGAGAAACCCAGUGCGGAGACGCCCCCAGACCUGACCUUCACGCCUGUCCCAAUUCAGGCCAAGUCGUCCGCCGUGGACGAGGAGGCCCUGAGGGAACAGCUGGUCCGCGCCACCGAGGCGCUGGGGACCGAAGACCGGCUGCGGGCAGUGAAGGUGGGGAUGCUGCUUAACUUCAUGGGCUUCCACAUGUACAAGACGCUGAGCGAGACGUGGAGCAAGGCUGGCGGGGCUGUGUUCUCCCCGGUGGCUCUCUUUGGCACCCUGACCUCUUUCUACCUGGGGGCCUUGGACCCCACGGCCAGCAGACUACAGGCAUUCCUGGGCGUCCCUGGGGAGGAUCAGGGCUGCACCUCUAGGCUGGACGGUCACAAGGUCCUGUCAGCCCUGCAGACCAUCCAGGGCCUCCUGGUGGCCCAGGGCGGGGCCGGCAGCCGGGCCAGGCUGCUCCUGUCCACGGUGGUCGGCCUGUUCACGGCCCCUGGCCUGCGCCUGAAGCAGCCGUUCGUGCAGGGCCUUGCUGCCUUUGCCCCGGUCACCCUCCCCCGCUCACUAGACUUGUCCACGGAACCAGAGCUCGCUGCUGAGAAGAUCAACAGGUUCGUGCAGGCCGUGACGGGGUGGAAGAUGGGCAGGCCCCUGGAGGGGGUCAGCCCAGACAGCACCCUGAUCUUCAACACCUACGUCCACUUCCAAGGAAAGAUGAAGGGGUUCUCCCUGCUGCCGGAGCCGCAGGAGUUCUGGGUGGACAACACCACCUCCGUGUUGGUCCCCAUGCUCUCGGGCACCGGCACCUUCCACCACUGGAGCGAUGCCCAGAACAACCUCUCUGUGACCCGCGUGCCCCUCAGUGCCAACGCCGGCCUGCUGCUCAUCCAGCCCCACCGCGCCCACGACCUGCGGCAGGUGGAGGCCCUCACCUUCCAGCACAGCUUCCUGACCUGGAUGAAGAACCUCUCUCCCCGGGCCACCCGCCUGACCGUGCCCCAGCUGACCCUGAAAGGGUCCUAUAACCUGCAGGACCUGCUUGCCCAGACCAAGCUGUCCACCCUGCUGGGCGCCGAGGCAAACCUGGGCAAAAUCAGCGAUGCCAACCUCAGAGUUGGAAAGGUGUUGAACAGCGUUCUUUUUGAACUAAAAGCAGACGAGGGAGAGCAGCCCACGGAGUCCGCCCCACAGCCGACUGGGCCCGAGGCCUUGGAGGUGACCCUGAACAGCCCGUUCCUGUUGGCCGUCUUGGAGCGAGACUCGGCCGCCCUGCAUUUCCUGGGCCACGUGUCCAACCCACUGAGCGCCGAGUGAGGCCCACCACCAGUCACCAGUGUCACCACCCUUCCCUUUUCUCUUCCACUGAGUCCACCUGGAGCCGAGAGCGGCCGCUCCUCCCGGAAAACAUGCGCUCCUUCCGGGAAACACGCGCUCCUCCUGGGAAACACGCAUGGUGUACAACGAGCAUCCUUCUCGGGGUGGGGGUGGGGUGCUACGGGACCAUGAGCCCGUGCUCUGCACAGGCCACAGCUCCUGAACGAGCUUGAACACACCAGCCUGUUCGUGAGCAAAAAUGGUUUCCUUUUUCACUGAGAACAGAAACUGGUGUUUAACAUUAAAACACCCCUUCCUCAUUGCCCCAGGCUCACCUUUGGCUUACUGAGUGUGACGAUGACCUGCAAGUGGUCCUAUGAUGUCUUCCUUUCUCUGGGUUUCUCAGUUUUUCUUUCCCCUGAUACGUGUGGUUUUUGAAAAACACAUUAUGAAGAACGUAGGUUAGACUGUAAUCCCACGGCUGAUUAUCCCUGCGUUAUUAAUAAAUGUCUUGC